AUGAAGAAGCCCACCGUUAUGCGGGCUUUAAAGAAAGCUACCCAGCAGGCGAAGCCGGCUGGAAACAAUGGCUACCUCCUUAAACAGCUAAAACCGCAGAACCUAAUCCUCUACGCCGACAAAAGUGUCGUGGCGAUCAAUAAACCCAGGGGGCUUGUCUGUCAGCCUUCAAGACCUAUCACGUCGCCUCCUGUCGAGGAAAAUGACGAAGAUUUAAUGAGUGUUGCGCUUCGGGGCAUUAGAGAAGCUUUGUUUAUGGAAGAAGAUCUGCGCGUAGUUCACCGCCUGGACAAACAAACCAGUGGAGUCCUUUUGCUAGCGCGCACACACGCUGCGGCUCGGGAUAUCGCUCGCCAGAUGCAAGACAGGUCAAUGCAGAAGACGUAUCUAGCCCUGGUUUGCGGCGAAGCAGCCGAUUUUCCUUCGACGAGCGGUACUAUGGACACCCAAUUGAUUUGCGAGAACGGCCGUAUACGCGUCGCAGACGGUCCAUAUCACCAACCAAGCCAGGUAUCAUCCUCAAAUCUUCCGGGUGAGAACUGGGUAAAACAGGCCAUCACUGAGUAUCGCGUCCUUGCAUCCUCGCCGACAGCUCCAAUAUCACUCCUUGAGCUGAAUCUCGUGACUGGCCUCAAGCACCAGAUACGAGCCCAACUGGCUCAACAACUCGGCACACCGAUCCUCGGAGAUAUUUAUGGGCCAAGCGAGCAGACACAGGAGAUUGCUCGUAUGCUUGACCUCCGUAGGAUAGCCACUCUAUGCCUGCAUUCGUCGCGUUUGACAUAUACGCGGUAUGCGCGGACAGGCCCUCUAAAGAAAUUCCGUCUCGGUCUGGGAGUACCGAUCCCAUCGGGAUUCGAUGCCGUAUGCAAGGCCGCCCGAAUCGAGCUCGACAUCGACCAGCGCUCGGGCGGCGUAUGGCUCGACAACAGCAAAGUACGUGGCGUGGGCUCGGAAGACUACCAGCACCAGCGUGGCAUCAACGAGAAGGGCGACAUCGACGACGCAGUGACUGAGAUAGGCGGAGUGUGGUACGGCGACCGGGACCAGUGAUCGUAAUCCGGGUCCUCUCUCGGCGGCCCC